AUUCAAUAACUCUGAGGUAGUUUGUCACGGAUUCCCUGAUGGAAUAAACCACAGCUGAAAAAAGUUGUUGCCUACCCAGACAGAUUAUUGCAAGCAUCUUGCUGCAUUCUGAAAUUAGAGAAAAUGACCAACCAGUCUCUUCAUGUCAACAUUGACAAGUGGAUUGCUGAAAAUGAGAGUUCGUUUCUACCACCUGUAUGCAACAAAUUAAUGUUCUUUUAUCAGCUGAAUAUUAUGUAUGUUGGUGGUCCAAAUGUAAGGAAGGAUUAUCACAUUGAGGAAGGAGAAGAGCUCUUUUACCGUCAGGGUGACAUGGUUUUAAAAGUGAUAGAGAACGGCAAGCAUAAAGACAUACACAUUCGUGAAGGAGAGAUGUUCCUUCUUCCUGCACGGAUUCCCCAUUCUCCUCAGAGACGCAUAAACACAGUAGGAUUGGUGGUGGAGAGAAGGAGGCUUCGCUCAGAGACAGAUGGCCUCAGGUAUUUUGUGGAUAAUAAUAAUGAUGUCUUGUUUGAACGUUGGUUCUAUUGUGAGAACCUGGGAACCCAACUUGUUCCCGUCAUCAAAGAGUUUAUGGAUUCCAAACAGAAUAAAACAGGAAAGCCUGAUCCAGCUGAACCCAUCAAGCCAACCCCAUACCCACUCAACGCAAUGAAGGUGAUGGAACCGUUCUGCUUCAGAGAGUGGGUGGAAAAGCAGAAGCCCGCCCUGACCAGGGGUCAGCCGGUGGAUAUGUUCGGAGCACAGUUUGAGACUGAGACGUUUCUCUUUGGUGCCGGGACAUCCGGAACAUCUAGGAGAAAAACUGAUGGCUGGAUCUGGCAACUGGAGGGGUCCUCCAGCAUCUUCAUGAAUGGCAAGGAGUACAACCUGUCCAUAGGAGAUUGUCUUCUUAUAUUUGGAGAGACAGAGUAUCAGUGGAAACGAUCACAAGAUUGUGUCGCUUUGUAUGUUGCCCAAGACCCAGAAAGGAAAAGACCCUUCUGAGACAAUGGUUUUUAAUAACGACAAUCAACGCCGUUCAAGUGCAGUAUCAUGUAUACAAUAAUCACAAUAUUCAAACAUUAUUACACAACACAUAAGUUUCUUGUAUUAGGCCUUAAAUAAUAAAAAGCCUUAGUCGAUAAAAAAUUUUUUUAUUAAAAAGGUAUUUAAAUACAA